GGGGCACUGAGCACUGAGGGUGGGGGCCUCGGAGACAGAGCCCUGUCUGAGCCUGAGGUUGGAGCAGCAGCGGGGCCGCAGGGCCCUGCCCGCCCUGCUCUGCAGAGGGCGCCUUAGGGCUCUGAGCCCGCCCGGCAGCGGGAAUGGGUCUGGUCUGGACUCUGAAGCCAGCCUGGUGGGGCCAGCCCUCUUGGACCCCAGGGAACCCAGUGGACCUGGAGGAAAGGACCCAGCCCUGCCCUCCCUCCACGGUGGGGGGAUGGUGAGUCGGCUGCAGGGCCAGCGGAGGGAAGGGCUGUGGGGUGGGGCGGCGGGGGGGCUGCACCCCACUCCAGGCCGCAGCCACUCAUGUUUACACGCGCCUGCUCUGGCCAAGACUUUGCUUGUUCCCAGGCGCUGGCCACCCAGUUGAUUCCUCCGCUGGGCCCUGCUGACCCGUGAAUGGGACUUGUGAGGCCCUGCCCUGUGUGGGAGCAGGAGGGGUCCCGGCCACAAGCCAGGACCAGGACACAGGAAAAAUUCAGGAGAAGGUCUAUGGCUGAACGCCAGGUUGCAGAGGGGCGCAGAGGGCUGUGGAGGCUGGGGGCUGGUGGGGAGGGGAUGGUCAGAGAGGAGGGACGGCAGGGGAGGAGCUCACAGUGGGACCCUCCAGCCUGGUCUGCAGGGUGAGCCCAGGCCCCUCCUCAGGGCAAGGUCCCUGGUUCCCGAGUCAGGAGGCCAGCCAGUCCCCUUCAUGGAGCCCCAGGUUCUGCCUGUGGAAACGGGCAGGGUGGGGUCGAACUUGCCCCAGCCCCUCGCAGGCCAUGCCGGGAGAGGUACUGAGGUCAGGUGCAGAUGGCCCAAGCCGAGGGGAAAGGCGCUGUCCUCAGGUGCAGGGAGGGCAGAGCGGUCCCUUUGAGCAGGGUCUGGGGCCCUGAGCUCAGAGGGGAGGGAACACAAUUCCAGGAGGGCCUGCAGGAGCCGCAGAGAGAACAUUCUAGAAGGGGAGGGGGUGGUCUGCAAGGACGGCUUCUGCGGAGGGGCGGUGAGGAGGCCAGCUGGUGGAGGGUCGGGGGGAGUCAGGCACUGGAGCAGAGCAGCAGGAAGCCCACCCGGAGUGGGCUGUGCUACGCUGCUGUGCGUGCGAAGGUGCAGGGCCUUCCUGCCAGGACGCGGGGGUGGGUGGGGGCACUGACCGCAGACACAGGGGCCCCGCCCGGGAGCUGACGGGGAAGGUGCCUCUGCACCACGCGAGGUCUCGACCUCCAGCUCUGCUGUCUCCAGAAAGGCCACUGCUUCUCUGGGGUGUCAACAGAGGCGGCCGCUGGCACCCCACUUCCUCUCCCAGGAAUCCCCCAGGCAGCCCUGGUCUGGGCUGGCACAGGUGGUGGGGAGCCCCACGGGCUGUCACCAGCCCGCCUACUGCCUGCCGGCGUUGAGGGGUGCGGUCAGGACAGUGUGGGGACCCGGCUCACCCGGCCCUGCUUCCCUACCAGCCCUUCGGCAGGACCUGUCGAGGCGUCAGCAGCUCAGGAGGGAACCAGCGAGUCAGCCCCGGGAUCAUGAACAGCAGCAAGUGCAGCCCCGAGGUCAGCCCAGUCUACCUCAGCUACAUGGGCGGGCUCCUGGCGCUCGGCCUGCUGCUCAACGGCCUGGCGCUCUGGGUGCUGUGCCGGCGCCUGCCGCGCUGGACAGAGACCCGCAUCUACAUGGCCAACCUGGCCGUGGCCGACCUCUGCCUGCUCUGCGCCCUGCCCUUCUUCCUGUACUUCCAGAAGCAGACCUCCAAGGACACGCCGCUCUGCCAGGUCUCCCAGGCCGUCUACCUGCUCAACAGGUACAUGAGCAUCAGCCUGGUCACGGCCAUCGCCGUGGACCGCUACGUGGCCGUGCGGCACCCCCUGCGCGCCCGCAGGCUCCGCUCCCCCAGCCGGGCCGUGGCCGUGUGCGCCGCGCUCUGGGCCGUGGUCCUCGGCUCCCUGGUGCUCCGCUGGUUCCUGGAUGUGCAGGACGGUGGCUUCUGCUUCGCCGCCCGCUCCGGGCGGAACACCUAUACCGGGGUCUUCUCACUGCUGGGCUUCUAUCUGCCGCUGGCCGUGCUGGUCUUCUGCUCUCUGCAGGUGGUGACCACCCUGACCCAGGGGCCCGAGGCUAACCCGGGCCAGGCGGAAGCCACGCGGAAAGCCUCUCGCAUGGUCCUGGCGAACCUGGCCGUCUUCGUGGUCUGCUUCCUGCCCUUCCACGUGGUGCUGACCAUGCGCAUGGCCCUGGGCCUGCAGACCUGUGCCAUUAAGAUGGCCAUCCAGAUCACGAGCAGACUCUCAGACGCCAACUGCUGCCUAGACGCCAUCUGCUACUACUUCAUGGCCAAGGACUUCCAGGAGGCGUCUGUGUCAACCACAUCCCCCAGUGCCAAGGCCCACAAGACCAAGGACAGUAUGACUAUGACCCUGACCUAGGAGAUAAGCCAUGGGCUCCCCUGCUGGGGGACCAGUGACCAGAGACAAGGAGCCCCACGAUCUGUCCUGAACUUGCUGUGGGCCGUGGGCUGUGGACACUCUCAGGAGGCUCAACUCAGCAGGAUAACCUGGGCAUGGAGCCUGGGGAGGCAACACCCCCACCCCCGGGGCAGAAGAGGGACAGGAUGGGGACAGGAGGAAUGGGGCCUGAGCAGGGCCAAGCCCAGGGACCCUGCUGUGUCCAGAGCCUGGCACACCUGGGGCACUGGGAGGGGGGUGUCUGCCGGGUGCCUGAGGCUCUGAUGGCCAGCUUUCUGCUACUGCCCCACAGGGGCCAGAAUAAAGCUUUCCACUGGGGCUCUGUGCCACCCACG